UUGCAAGUCUCCAAGCUCUAUUUAUUCUCUCCCACUCCUCUCCCCGUCCGUGUCUUCCUUCCUUCUCAUCACACUCCCAAAAGCCUCCUCCUCUCCAAAUCAACCAAGCACGAGAGGAAGAACAGUGGGUGAAUCAAUGGCGUCGAGGGCGGACGUGGAGAAGGGAGGGAAGCAGGGAGGGAAGGUGGUGCCGGCGCCGCUGUACCCGCAGCACGAAGGGGAGCGGGAGUGGACGCCGUGGCUCGUGCCCUCCAUCCUCGUCGCCAACAUCGUCGUCUUCGCCAUCACCAUGUACUACAACAACUGCCCCGCCCACAACGCCAACACAGGCACCCGUGGCGGCAGCAAGCAGCAGCAGCAGUGCGUCGCCGGCUUCCUCGGCCGCUUCUCCUUCCAGCCGCUCCGCCAGAACCCGCUCCUCGGCCCUUCCUCCGCCACGCUGGAGAAGAUGGGCGCCCUGGUGUGGGACAAGGUGGUGCACAGCCACCAGGGCUGGCGCCUCCUCUCCUGCAUGUGGCUCCACGCCGGCAUCCUCCACCUCCUCGCCAACAUGCUCAGCCUCCUCUUCAUCGGCCUCCGCCUCGAGCAGCAGUUCGGCUACGUGAGGAUCGGGGCGAUCUACCUGCUCUCAGGAAUCGGCGGCAGCGUGCUGUCGUCGCUGUUCAUCAGGACAUCCAUCUCCGUCGGAGCUUCCGGCGCCCUGUUCGGGCUCCUGGGGGCGAUGCUGUCGGAGUUGCUGACCAACUGGACCAUCUACACCAACAAGGUGGCGGCCGUGAUGACGCUGCUGUUCGUGAUCACGGUCAACCUCGUGCUGGGCAUCCUGCCGCACGUCAACAACUUCGCCCACAUCGGAGGGUUCCUGGCCGGGUUCCUGCUCGGCUUCGUCGUGCUCAUGAGGCCGCAUUACGGGUGGAUGGAGCGCUACAGCCUCCCGGCUGGAACCCCCUGCACCUCCCGGAAGUACCUGCUUUACCAGUGGGUUCUCAUGGCCGUCGCCCUGCUUCUUGGCGUCAUUGGGUUCGCGGCUGGCUUGGCGAUGGUGUUCCGCGGGGUGAACGCCAACAGCAGCUGCCACUGGUGCCACUACCUCAGCUGCGUGCCCACAGCCAGAUGGACCUGCGCAAACUGAGCAAGAGACACCACCGGACAUUUUGCUGCUUCUUUCUUUCUCUCUUUCCCGUGUCGCUCUUCCUAUCGUAUUCGAACCCCACAUAUUUUUCCCGUUUAUAUCUGUAGAUAUAGAUUAAAGGAUAAGGCUGUUUGAUUGGAUGCAUACUGUAGACAGACAGGACCUCGCUGGGGGGGUCUUAUCUCUUGUCGAUUUGAUUUAUUCUUUGUAAUGAAAACUAUCAUUGGGGGAUUGGAAUCUCUGAUCUGUCUGCCCCUCCAUGUGCAAGAUUUGCUUCCAA